GGACAGACAGAUGUUUAGCGAACGCGGUAUCGUGCACUCGCUCGUCCAUCGUCGAACGGAGACGUAGGAACCAGACCGAUGUUCCUCCGCAAGAAUGUCUUCCGUGGGUUCGCCCUCCUGCUGGCGACGACAGUGAUAUCUAGCAAUGACUUCCUCUCUCGUGUGAAUGGAAGAUCUUCCGCUAAGACGAAGAAAUCGGCAUGGUUACCCCAUCUGCGAGGAGGCCGCGUCGAGCCUCCCACGAUUGUUUUGAAGGAAAUGAAGGAAAGGCGCGUCAAAGAGAAUCAGGCAUCGCGGAGUAAGCGUGUGAGGGAAAUGUGCACGCAGUAUAAUGUUACCGAAGACAUAGCUUAUACAGUACACAGAAGACAUUACUAUUUCUUCGAUCACAACGCUACUGUCUGCGCCGUGCCGAAAGCAGGUUCCUCGACAUGGCGGGUGCACGUAAGGGAAGUGAACGGCGGGCCUCCACGAAACGUUUCCGUCGAGGAUGACAAACGUCGACAAACGUUCCUUCAGUCUGAUCUCCGUCAGGUGGUGGCCAGUACUAUCUCCUCAUCUACACUUAUUAUGUCCGUGAGGCACCCGCUGACUCGUCUUGUCUCCGCUUAUCGGAAUAAAUACGACGAUGGUCGACCUAUGCGUGGCUAUAACAGAGAAAUGGAAGAGAAUAAAUUAAAGGUCUUGUAUACGCCGCGAUGGAAUGAAAAUGUCCACCAGUUUUGGAUUCCCGCAAUGAUCACUAACGGCCUUUUGCCUCAAAAUGUUUCGGCGAAAAUUGGGCUGAAUUUCACCUUUGAACCCGAGAAGCUGUAUGAUCCCUGGGUGUAUCUGAAGAUAUUCAAGCUAAAACGACCCGUCAUUACCUUCGUCCAAUUCUUGCGUCACGUGAUCGCGUCUUACAAGAACCAAUCGCCUGACAAUCACUGGAAGACCUCUGCUACUACAUGCUCUCCGUGUACCUUCCCGUAUGAAUACAUCGUCAAGACGGAAACAUUUAAUGAAGAUAUGGGCUACGUCUUUGGCGCGCUGAAGCUCCCAUCCAAACCCAAGCUCGCCCAAAAUCAGAUUAAAUCCGGCAGAUAUAAGGAUUAUAAAGACUUCAGAUACUACAAACGAGUAUCUCAGGAUAUCAGAAGGCAAAUCUACGACAUUUUCAAAAUUGACUUCGAAAUGUUUGGCUACAAAUUGCCGCCGGGUUUUCUCAAGGGACCCUCUGUGUAAAAUAUUCAAAUGGCUAACUUAAAACUUUUAAGUUAGCCAUUAAUGCUUUUAAAAUAGGGUAUCCUCUGAAGAAAGCAUAAAAGGCCCUAAUUAUUUACUCUGCAUGCGUGGGUGUGUGAUAAUGGCAUAGUUAUUUAUCACUGUCAGAUUUUUGGGAGACUAAAUGCGACAUACAGUAUUUACGUAAAAAUUGUAAUCAUUUAAAAUUUGUAAAUACAUUUAGGCUGUGAAUAAGGUUUAUGCCAGAUACUGAAUACUGAUAUGGAUACUAAUAAUGAUGAUAACUGAUACUGAAUAACACAAGUUCAUGCCAGAUACCGAAUACUGUUAAUGAUAAUAAUAAUGUAGAUAACUGAUAUUGAAAAUGGAUGGCCGUAAUAAUAAUAAUAAUGAUAAUAGUAAUAAUAAUAAUAAUAAUAAAGGAAUCAUAUUUCGAAUCUAUUCGAAUUCUAUUCUAACUCUGCUAUCAUCAUUGUUAUAUUUUUUUUUGUUAUUAUCAUUAUCAUUAUUAAUGUUGUUGUUUUUGCUAUUAUUAUUAUCCUUCUUCUUCGAGGCAAGUACACUGCACUGAAGUAGUUAG